AUGGGUGACUUUGGUGGUCAUAUGAUUCCGGGCCUCGCUGUCUUCAUCUUCGGGAUCUACCAAGGAGUGCUGACAUCGCUGGCACUGCUCAGGGACCAGUUUUGCCCAGACCUUCCCAGGAGCCAAAACAGACGGGGCUGGCUAUGGCGGCUGCCCCUGGGUGGACUCAUGAAGGUGCUGUUUGGCAUAGCCUCAUUCCUGCAUGAGAUCUCAAGCUUUCAUGCCACCAUGAUUCUGAUAGACUACAGUGACCCAUCUUUUAGCAUCAUAUUCCCCACCAUGUGGCAGCAUUUCACCAUGUUCACUGUCUUCAUCUUGAGUGGACUCGUGGAUCUUGUGAGCCAGGUUUGCAUGGCCAAGAGACGGCAGGGCCUGGAGGUGGGGGCCCAGGUCCUGGCAAUACUUGUGCUGGUCCCACUGAUGUGCUGUCACCUCUGGCAUAUGGUAGGGCUGGAGAAACAAAGUCAUAUUUUCCUCCUGUUUUCCAUCUCCCUGCUUGCCUUGGCAACGACCUUAGAGCUCUGGAUUCCCAACCAACCCCAGCUUUGGCUAAUCAAGACCUGGCUUUUACUGGUGACUGGGACAUGGUUGAUGCAUAUGGCCUUCAUACUCUUCCACCCACUCACUGCCCAUGCAUGGCAUUACUAUACCAAUGAAAACAUCAUGUUCCUCACCACGUUCUUCUGCUGGCACCUAGUAGCAGAUGCCUUGAUUCUGGGGGUCAUCUAUACCUUCUCGGCCCUCUGGCACCAGUACUGUGGCCCGGCCCCAGACUUAGGUGGGAAUGAUGAGGCUAAGUAUCACUUGUGCCUUCCUGAAUCUCCAGAUGAAGAGUUACAAGAGGCAGAGUUGGAAGGUCACAUCCCAAAUACCCUCUUUUUGCAGAGCCCACCUUAA